UCUUCCAACUCUAUGAUUCUAGGGAGGACUGUUUCUGGGACUCUUAUGAUGCAAGAUGGGGAACCAAACUCCUGUCUCUUUCCGUGGCUCGGUGGUUUCUGAACUUCCUGUUGAAAGAAGAAAAGGCCUUGCAAGACGGAAGUUCGCUCUGGGUGAGACCGUGGAGUGAGAGCCCUGCGUUGUCUCACAGGCCCAAGAUGAACCGGAGGGCCAAACCGGGAGCCCGAGUGCAUCAGGAAAAUGUGCCGUCCAGCCUCCUUGAGGACCAUGAGAACCAACAAGUGUUUGAACUCUUGGGCCGGAAAUGCAUGACCAUGGUCACAACGGUGGCCCAGCUUUUCCUGGCUUUGCCACAAGGCAGCAGAAACUGGUCCAAGCAAGGCUCCGGUGUCCUGUGCUUCGUGAAGGAUAACCCAAGACGUUCUUACUUCAUCCGCUUCUACGAUCUCAAGGAUAGGAAGAUGAUCUGGGAGCAAGAAUUGUACACCCAGCUCGUCUACACUGCUGUCGCCUCCUAUUUCCAUACUUUUCCAGGGGAUGAGUGCACUGUGGGGCUGAACUUUGCUGAUGAGAAUGAAGCACAUGAUUUCCAACAAAUGGUGGAAGAGAAGAUCCAGAAGAGGAACCAGAGGAUGGAAAACAGACAACUGCCACCACCACCACCUCCAGUUAAUGGGGACAGAAGAACACUUGGUCCACAAUACUCACCAUCUGGGGCUGACUUGAAUGGACCUGGUAUGCCGUCAAACUCCCCUUCGCCCGCUCUCCCACUAGCAACUGUAGACAUACAGAAUCCAGACAUCACCUUUUCCCGCUACCGUGGACUCCCGGUUCCCACUGCUGUGGAUAAGAAGAAGGGGAAAAAGAAGAUUUCUAAGGCUGACAUUGGAGCUCCAAGUGGGUUCAAGCAUGUACAGCACAUUGGAUGGGAUCCCAACAGUGGAUUUGAUGUGAAUAACUUAGACCCUGAUUUGAAGACACUUUUUUCCCAGGCGGGAAUCAGUGAGGCUCAGUUAACUGAUGCUGAGACGUCAAAGCUUAUCUAUGAUUUCAUUGAAGGCCAAGGAGGGUUGGAAGCUGUGAAGGAAGAGUUGAGACGGCAGGGUCCAAGCCACCCACCACCUCCUCCCCCAAGUCGUUCAGGACUGCCUCCCCCACCGCCUGGACAUAGCCGAAGUGGCCCUCUCCCACCCCUCCCCGGUGCCCCACCCAUCUCCAAUAGGGCAGCUGUCCCCUCCACACCACAGCCCCCUUGGGGACACUCCAACCCCAGUCAGUGGGCACCUCCUCCACCCGCCUCUCGCCCUGGACCAAACCGUCCUCCCCCACCCCCCUCUGGAGCAGUCCCACCCCCACCUCCCCCACCCCCUCCACCCCCACCCCCACCUCCAUGCCAGGAGUCUGCCCCAUGUCCUCCUCCUCCUCUCCCUUCUGGAGGGCUGGGGUCUCCACGGACUCAGCCUCCUGCCCCCUCCAUGGGACGUGGUGCAUUGCUGGAUCAGAUACGGCAAGGAAUACAACUCAACAAGACCCCUGAUGUGUUAGAUUCGCCACCACCUACGCAGAACUCUGAAGGCCUGGUAGGGGCCCUUAUGCAGGUGAUGCAGAAGAGGAGCAAAGUUAUCCAUUCCUCAGAUGAAGAUGAAGACAAUGGAGAUGAAGACGAGGAUGAUGAAUGGGAUGACUGAGUCCAGAAGGACACUUGGCACAAAGCCUGAUCCUUCUAUCGACUUGUGGGCUUCUAGGCAGGCCGGUUGUACUUGUGUCCCCUUGCAACUCAUGCAGGUCCCUCUGGAAUCCAAGAGAUGCUGGGGCAGCUCUGCUUUACCGCUGGCAGCAAAAGGCCAUUAUUUUCCCCUCCAUUUCUUCUCCAACAUCACUUAGGCCUAAGCAUAAUUCUAAUUUUCUUCCCACACCUGUGCACCUGGAUGCCUUUGACAGUUUUAGAAAGUGAGGCGGUAAUCCUACCUCUUUCAAACCCUGCCUUGACAAUACCACACCUAAUCUGUGGUUUUUACCUUUCUAAGAGUCAUAUCAUCUUUCAUCCAACCCCCUCCGUCUUUCUCUCUUUCCCUCCCAGCCAUCUAUUAAUUUCCACUCCAAGUGGGUUCCCCCUUUGGGGCCAAGACGAAGGUAUGAAAAUGAUAGGUAAGAGGAAUGUAAGCAAAAACUCUUUCUUAUAAAAGAAGGUACUUUAUUAACACCCACUGAAAUCCUAGUUGCCUGAAUUCUUUGCUUUAGCAUUUUUACUAUAUAUGGGGGCAGGGAGAGGAGGCAAUCCCUAAAGCAGCCUUUCUUAACCUUUUUGUCCUGGAGGUGCCCUUGAAAUAAUCUUCAAUUCUCAGGAACCCUUGCAUAAAAAUUAUUAUAUCUACAGCUAAAAAAAGCUUAUUUUUUCCCCAAUCACAAUCUCUCUCAGAACAGCUAGCAACCUCUUUUGAAACCAAAGAAUUGGUUGAGAAACCCUGCAGUAGACAUUAAGAUGAGUAGACAUAUUUACUUUCAGAUACGGCAGAAAGACUUAUUGAACGAUGAAUGACAAAGCAAAAUGCCAAGUUUAACCACAAUGAGUCUAUUUAAAAAAAAACUUGUUUAAAAAAUUACAUCCUCACAGAGAUAGAUACUAGAAGCCACAGCAUUUUCGAUGGCUUGGGUCCUAAAUUGGCCUUUUGUUUAGAUUUCUGUCAGCUCUUCACUCCCCCAAUUCUAGCCUUAUUCAAGCCACGGUCUGCUCCACACAAGUUCCUAUACCAUUUUAAAUUAUCCCCCAGCCGCUUGGAUUAAAAUUUUAAGGGACACAAAAGGGUUUGAAUUGAAGAAGGGGUGUGUGGCAGAAAAGCUCCAUUGCAUGAACUUUGUUCUAUUCAGGAAAAGGAAAUUGGCCGUAAUUCUAAUGUGCCUGUUGGACAAAAUAUUAAAACAAAACCAGCAGAACAAAACGAACAUAGUACAUAUAAAUAGCUAUGCCACUCAAUAGUACAGUGUCAGUAAUAGGAUAUUGUGCAAGCAAGUUGCUCUUCACAGGAAAUCCUAGCUUCACCCUGGGUAUUUUGGGAUUGUGGAUGAAAUUGAGGUAGGCGGUUAAGAAGCACAAAAUCCUUUCUUUGAGUCUCUUAAACUAUACAAGUAUAAUUUUUGUGGGACAGAUCUAUGCCUCCUAAAUCAUGCUCACAUUCAGAAUGUUCCCAUGAAGCAUGAAAGAUAUAUAGAAGUGGUUAACUUGCAGUGGCUGAGAAAUAAUAGGGAAGAACGUCUGUCUACAUUGCAAACUUCUAUGGGUUUUAUACCAGUUUAAGUAGUAUAGCAAACACAUGCUGUUGUUAGCCUCCAGGAAAAAAAGCUCCUUCUGGCACCAAGGGAAGAAUUUCCCCUAAGGUUAAUAAUGACAGGGAGAGAUGAAAAAGGAUGCGGCCCUCAAGCUAAGCUUCAGUGCUGUUAACUUCAUGUAGACACAUGUUUUCUGUCUCUAAAUGCAGAACCUUAUGCACUUCUGAGUUCCUACGGUGUUCCUUGAAUAUAUAGAAGCUACCACCUUAUUUUAUGUGGUCUCACUUUGCUCCCAAGCUGAUAUGGACUCAACUCCCCUAUUAGAGGAAAUAGUGGUAGUUGCCAGAGUUGAUGAACCAAAAGGAAAUAACUGUUGUUUUAAAAUGUUUGUAAUAAGCUUUAUACUGUGUUUUGAACAUAAUAAAUGAUAACAAAAU